AUGAAGACAGACUUCAAGUUCUCCAAUCUCUUAGGGACCGUUUAUCGCAAGGGAAAUUUACUCUUCAGCCCCGAUGGAACCUGCUUGCUGUCCCCUGUGGGCAACCGGGUCACCGUUUUUGACUUGGUCAACAACAAGUCCUACACAUUGCCACUCUCCCACCGCAAGAAUAUCGUGCGACUCGAUUUGAACCCUCAAGGAAACCUGCUCCUCACUGUCGACGAAGAUGGCCGUGCCAUUCUGACCAAUUUCAAGCGGCGGAUUGUUAUUUACUACAUGUCGUUCAAAGGCUCUGUCGAUGCACUCAAAUUCUCGCCUUCCGGUCUUCACUUUGCAGUUGCCAUCGGGCGGCGGCUGCAGUUGUGGCAAACCCCAUCAGUCCCCGGAACUGAUGCUGGCGGGGAGCUUGAAUUUGCCCCUUUUGUUCUUCACAAAGAACUAACAGGGCACUUUGAUGCUAUUCAAAAUAUCGAAUGGUCGAGCGAUUCUCGAUUCAUCCUCACAUCCUCAAAGGAUUUGACCGCGCGAGUGUGGAGUUUGAACCCAGAAGAAGGAUUCGAGCCAACUACGCUUUCAGGGCAUCGACAGAGCGUCAAGGCGGCAUAUUUCGCUGCGGAUCAGGAAUCAAUAUACACUGUGAGCGAGGACGGUGCUCUCUUUCGGUGGGAAUAUGCCACGAAGAGAUUGGAAAACGAAGUCGAAGGUGAGGCACGUUGGAGAAUCAUGAAAAAGGACUUUUUCAUCCAAAAUGACGCCAAACUCAAGUGUGCUGCCUUUCAUGCCCCGUCCAACCUCCUAGUAGUUGGCUUUUCGAAUGGCUUGUUUGGUUUGUAUGAGCUGCCAGAAUUCAACAACAUCCAUACGCUGAGCGUAUCGCAAAGCAACAUUGACUUCGUCACCUUUAAUAAGUCAGGAGAGUGGCUAGCAUUUGGAUCUUCCAAGCUUGGGCAACUCCUCGUUUGGGAAUGGCAAUCAGAGUCAUACAUCCUGAAGCAACAAGGUCAUUUGGACUCACUAAAUUCGCUGGUAUAUUCUGCCGACGGCCAGCGAGUCAUCACUAGUGCCGAUGAUGGCAAAAUUAAAGUAUGGGAUACCUCAUCUGGAUUCUGCAUAGUGACCUUCACGGAACAUACGGCCGCCGUGACGGACUGCAAAUUCUCCAAAAAGGGAAAUGUGCUCUAUACAUCGUCAUUGGAUGGCUCGGUAAGAGCAUGGGACCUCAUAAGAUAUCGAAAUUUCCGAACCUUUACAGCUCCGACCCGACUAGGUUUUACUUCCUUGGCUGUUGACCCUAGUGGAGAAGUUGUUUGUGCUGGAUCACAUGACUCAUUCGAUAUUCAUGUGUGGUCUGUACAGACUGGCCAAUUACUCGAUCGUCUCGCUGGCCAUGAAGGACCAGUCGUGGCACUAGCAUUCGCUGCCGAUGGAAGCAACCUUGUUAGUGGCAGCUGGGACCGAACUCUUCGUAUAUGGAGCAUUUUCGGUCGAUCACAAACCAGUGAACCCCUACAGAUGCAGUCAGACGUUUUAAGUGUUGAUUUCAGACCAGACGGGAAACAGAUUGCUGCUUCAAGUCUUGAUGGCCAGUUGAGCUUCUGGAAUGUGUUUGAAGCCGUCCAGGAUAGUUCUAUAGAAGGACGUCGUGAUGUAUCAGGUGGAAGAAAGAUAUCUGAUCGGCGGACAGCUGCUAAUGCUGAAGGCACGAAAUCAUUCACGAGAAUCGCAUACAGCGCCGAUGGAUCGUGUUUACUGGCUGCAGGUAAUAGCAAAUAUAUUUGCUUGUACGAUGUAAUUACUGGUUCGCUCGUGAAAAAGUUCACGGUUUCCGUGAACACGUCCCUAGAUGGUACUCAAGAGUACUUGAACAGCAAAAACAUGACCGAGGCCGGACCGCGAGAAUUGAUUGACGAAACUGGUGAAGCCUCCGACCUCGAAGACCGCAUAAAUAGCACCUUACCUGGCGCAAAACGGGGCGACGCCGGAGAACGAAAGACAAGACCCGAAAUACGUGUCUCAGCAGUGUCGUUCUCACCGACCGGCCGAUCGUUCUGUGCAGCCACUACCGAAGGCCUCCUUAUUUACAGCCUUGACACGGAUUUCGUGUUUGAUCCCUUUGAUUUGGAUAUUAAUAUCACCCCAGAUUCCAUUCUCGACACCCUUGAGGAAGCAAAAGCAUCGUCAUCUGCAACUUCGACUGAGGAGGCAUCUUACCUCAAGGCUCUCGUUAUGGCAUUUCGAUUGAAUGAAGCACCUCUUAUUCGCACAGUUUAUGAAAGUAUUUCGCAUGCGGACAUCCCUCAUAUUGUUCGCUCUAUCCCACAGGCUUAUCUCUCUCGAUUCAUUCGUUUCAUCGCACACUCAACGGAUGAAACGCCUCAUCUGGAAUUCAAUUUGCUAUGGAUAGAAUCAAUACUUGGUGUACACGGCCGAUACCUGAAGGAUUUUAAUGGUCAAUUGGCCCCGGAACUGCGAGCCCUUCAACGGGUUUUGGACGACUUUCGUGAGAGUCUAAAGCGGCUUACGGAACGAAAUCAGUAUGACUUGGAUUAUCUUCUCUCAAAGCCGAUUCUUGCUUCAAGAAAGAUGAAAUACGCCUUGGCUAUCGAUGAGAGUGUUCCUGCUGAGGAGGAAACGGCUGAUUCGCUAUCGGUUGCUGACGAUGGACAAGGGGAAUGGAUGGGGCUGGAGUAA